AUGUCCUACCGACAACAAAGUCGACCGACCCCUAAGGACAUCCUUCGAUAUCGCUAUCAGCAUGGCACCAAUCUAGGAAGCAUUUUUAUUUUGGAACAAUGGCUGUUCGGGAGCAUGUACGAUCAAGGCGUUUCAGGGAGCAGUGAACUUGACGCGGUUGUUGCAUCCAUCAAUGUCCGUGGCCUCGAUGCCACUCGCCAGAAAUGGGAGGCUCACUGGGCCAACGCCCUCACCGACGCAGACCUCGACUGGCUCGCCAAUGCCGCACACUGCAAUUCGAUUCGAUUGCCAAUCGGCUAUUUCACAUUGGGUCCGGCCUUCUGUGCCAACACAGCCUUCGCUAUGGUACCUUCCCAAGUCUAUGUCAACGCAUGGCCUGCCGUGAAGCGCCUCGUCCAGCGAUGUCUCCAAUACGGCAUCGGUGUCCUCAUCGACUUGCAUGGCGUUCCUGGAGGCGCUAAUCAUGAAUCCCACUCGGGCACGAGCAGCGGUAAGGCCGAGCUCUGGGGUAAUUCGUUUAACCUUGAACUUGCUACCCGAUGUUUGAUGUUCGUUGCGGAAGAGACGCUUCGUGACCCACAACUGGCGGGCGUCAUUGGUAUCCAAGUUUGCAACGAAGCCAUAAUCGAUCCGCCCGGAAUGUACGAGUGGUACAACGAUGUCAUACAGCGGAUAGCUGCCGUGGAUGCUUCCUUACCCAUCUACAUCAGCGACGGAUGGGAUUUGGGCCGCGCGGUGCGGUUCACUCGAGCAUACAACAAUCCCGGUACGCCGAGAUGCCCGGUGAUUGUAGAUACACACAAAUAUUGGGCCUUUGAUGCAAAAGAUACCUCGCGAUCACCCUUCGAGAUCAUCGAACAAGUCAAGACAGAGCUUCAUGAACUUGAUUCGACUCUUGUCGGGGAUGUCUUCUCCCAUCAAGCCGCCGUGGCAGUAUACGUUGGCGAAUACAGCCUCGCCUUGGCGCCGCAAACAUGGAGCAGAGCCCCCUCCGGUCAGAAAGAUGAGCUGAUGCGGCAGUUUGGACUGGCUCAGAGUCAAAGAUGGCAGAGUAGAGCAUCCGGGUCGGCGUUCUGGACCUUUAAGAUGGACUGGAUGCCUGGUUGGGACUGGGGUUUCAAAGCAUCAAGCGAUAAUGGACAGGUUGUGUGCCCGAAGCGGUUUACGUUUACGGUCCAAGAGAUAAAAGUCAGGCUUGCGCAAGCGGAUGAGAGGAAGAGCCAGCUUCUCCACGACGCAUUGAACGGUCAUAUCGGGUACUGGACAACCACGAGUCCAGGAGCAAAAUUCGAGCAUUGGCGGUACGGCGAUGGCUGGGGUCUAGGAUGGACAGAUGCCCGACAGUUCUUCGCUGCACGGUUGGAAAGACAAAUUCCUUCUGCCACUGGGUCUGGUCCGAAUUCCGUCUUUCCAACCGCGAUAUCAGCUGGAGGCACGGGCUUGGACGGCACUACUGCUAGUCAUGAAUCCCCCAUUAUGGACGAGAACCUAACCAUAGGGACAGACAUGAUUGGUGCGUUAGAUCUCUGGAUCCUCAAGCGCAUGUGUCAGGAGGGAGUUGCAGAUUCACAGAAAUGUCCGUUUGGUUGGGAAUUCGAGCACGGCUUCCGCAAAGCUGUGAGUGAUUUCCAGGGUGUUGUCUGUGCCUGA